AAAUUAUACUCUCUUCUCUUCUUUCCUUUCUUUCCUUCACUUUCUCUCUCUUUCUUGUCAUCCAAUCAAUAUUUCAGAGUUGCAGGAGAAGCAAUCGUCAUGGAUUUCGUUAUUUAACGGUCUUUUCAUCUACCCAUUUUGCCCUUUUCCUCCUCCCAGUAAUGAUUUUAUAGGAAAGAUUAGAUCUUUGGGGUUUCAAAGUUUUAAUCUUUGCUAACAAAAAAAUCUUUCCUUUUUUUGUGAAAAAUGAUUUCUUGGAAGGAUCUGUACACCGUCUUGACGGCGGUGAUUCCGCUGUAUGUGGCGAUGAUUUUGGCAUAUGGGUCGGUGCGCUGGUGGAAGAUUUUCUCGCCGGACCAGUGCUCCGGCAUCAACCGUUUCGUCGCCAUAUUCGCGGUCCCGCUCUUGUCUUUCCACUUUAUUUCCACCAACAAUCCGUACAAAAUGAAUUACAGGUUCAUUGCCGCCGAUACGCUUCAGAAGAUUAUCAUGCUCGUCUUCCUGACGGUGUGGACGAAUUUCACUAGGAACGGAAGCUUGGAAUGGAUGAUAACCAUUUUCUCACUCUCUACUCUGCCCAAUACUCUGGUCAUGGGCAUUCCACUGUUGAUCGCCAUGUACGGCCAUGACUCCGGCAGCCUCAUGGUCCAGGUGGUGGUUCUCCAGUGCAUCAUCUGGUACACUCUGCUUCUUUUUCUCUUCGAGUACCGUGGUGCCAAGAUCCUGAUCAUGGAGCAGUUUCCGGAGACUGCAGCCUCGAUUGUCUCGUUCAAGGUGGAUUCCGACGUUGUCUCGCUCGACGGACGGGAUUUUCUGGAAACCGACGCUGAAAUUGGAGAAGACGGGAAGCUUCACGUCACUUUGAGGAAAUCAAACGCUUCUCGCCGUUCCUUCGCAAUGACGCCACGGCCGUCCAAUCUUACCGGUGCUGAGAUAUACAGCUUAAGCUCAUCUCGGAAUCCAACGCCCAGAGGUUCGAAUUUCAACAAUUCCGAUUUCUAUUCCAUGAUGGGAAUUCAGGGGUUUCCAGGUAGACAGUCCAACUUUGGCCCGAACGAUUUAUACUCUGUUCAAUCAUCAAGAGGGCCGACUCCGAGACCCUCAAAUUUUGAAGAAAAUUGUACAGUAAUGUCUCCGAGAUUCGGGUUUUAUCCAGCACAGACGGUACCCACGUCGUACCCUGCACCAAAUCCGGAGUUUUCUUCGGUGAUGAAGAACAAUAAAAACAGCCAGCCGCCCCCGCAACAACCACAAACUCAACCACAGCAGCAGCAGCAGCAGCAGCAAAUGAAGGAGAAUAGUAAAAUGAAUCAUGACGCGAAAGAACUCCACAUGUUCGUGUGGAGCUCGAGUGCGUCGCCUGUAUCGGAAUCAGGUGGGCUUCAGGUCUUCGGCGGGACAGAUUUUGGCGCAUCGGAACAUUCCGGGAGGUCUGAUCAAGGGGCGAAGGAGAUCAGGAUGUUGGUCUCUGAUCACCCCCAAAAUGGGGAAAUCAAAGCUAUUCCGGUGAGUGACUUUGGUGGGGAAGAAUUCAGCUUUGAAGGAAAAGAAGGGGAGGAGGAAAAGGAAAAGGAAGGACCCAUUGGACUCAACAAACUAGGCUCAAAUUCAACAGCUGAGCUGCACCCUAAAGCUGCCGGAGGAGGGGAAUCCAAUGCCGGGAAACAAAUGCCUCCGGCUAGUGUCAUGACCCGUUUGAUCCUGAUCAUGGUCUGGCGCAAGCUCAUCCGCAACCCCAACACAUACUCCAGUCUCGUUGGUGUUGUGUGGUCUCUUAUUGCUUUUAGGUGGGAUGUUCAUAUGCCAAAAAUAAUACACGGUUCCAUCUCCAUCCUGUCUGAUGCUGGACUAGGAAUGGCUAUGUUCAGCUUAGGUCUGUUUAUGGCUCUGCAACCGAGGAUAAUCGCCUGUGGAAACUCCGUCGCCGCCUUCGCCAUGGCGGUAAGGUUCUUGACCGGACCGGCGGUGAUGGCUGCCGCUUCCGUUGCUAUUGGAUUAAGGGGUACCCUCCUUCGCGUUGCUAUUGUCCAGGCUGCAUUACCACAAGGAAUUGUACCUUUUGUGUUUGCCAAAGAGUACAACGUCCAUCCUCAAAUUCUAAGCACUGGGGUAAUCUUUGGGAUGUUGAUAGCAUUACCAAUUACACUUGUGUACUACAUUCUUCUUGGAUUGUGAAUUUUCUUAUAGGAUGGUUGCGGGUUAAUUAUAAUGGAAGAAGAGGUAUUGACGGCAGAGGUUCCAUUAUGUUCUUAUAACUUGAGGGUCUUCCUGCAAAGAAGAUUUUAGGGUAAAAGAAGUCCCAAAAUUUUGAAACUUAAAAGAAAAUAUUGAAAUGGUGAAUUGCCUCAUUAUAUAGAGGGUGAUGCGCCCAAAACCCAAAAUCAGAGAGCUUUGAGAUGAUGAAAAGGGGGCCAAGGAGUAGCAUAAAGGGAGGCAUUAGGGAGGAAAACAGGGGAAAGAAGAAGUGUUGAUGUAAAGUUGGUUCUCAAACUCCAUCUCUACCAUUACUAAGAGACAAGGGAUGUGAUUAAUCAAAUGGAGGAGAAAAAGGGUUUUGUUAUUAUUUUUUUUUCCAAUUUUUAAUUCCCUCUUUUUUAGUGUUGAAUUUGAUUGUCCAUAGAACCGGCAAUUAUUUGUGUUUGUCGUUUUGCUUUGGUUUGUAACUUUCUAUAGGGUCCUACAAUGGUCAAGAAAUUGAAAGAGAAAUAUUUAAUCAAUUGACGACCCUUUGUUAACACGAAGAUUGGCGAUGUAUUUUAUUCUCAUUUGGAUAAUAUAGUUUUUAUUUAUUU